AUGGUGACCUUCGACACCCCUUUGAAAAGUAAAAAUGGGAACUUAAGCUUGUUCUACAAGCUUCAUCAUUCGGCGCGUGAGAUGCCUUCAGCACCCAGCCACCAUUCGGCGCAGGUAUGCCUUCGACACUUCGCCUCUUUGGCGCAUGUGAUGCCUUUGGCACCUCGUCAUCAUUCGGCGCUUGCCAUUGGUGAGAUGAAAGCAACUAGCUCCUACAACUACUGUUCGGUACCUGAUGAAUAUUGGACAUAUGGAAGCAACUAUCCCAUGGCAAUCCAAAACUGCAGAACGGUAGGAAGAGAAAGUCACACAAGCUGCUGA